ACGCCCUCUCUCUUUCUUCAAGCUCGGCAUUUUCAACCCCACCCCAUCAUUGCAAGUACGCAUUGCAGCACAUCAGCAUAAUGUCGAUUUUCGGUCAAACACAGACACAGGCCCCGGCCACAGGCGGCGGACUGUUCGGUCAACCUGCCACGGCCAACAAGCCCAGUCCGUUUGGCGCUGCCACCGGUGGUGGUCUCUUCGGAAAUACAGCCACGACAGGCACGACGCAGAAUACUACGGGCGGAUUGUUCGGCGGCGGUGGCGGCGCGACGCAGACUCAGCAACCGGCGGGUGGACUUUUCGGUGGUGCUACGAAUACGCAGACGCAGACGCAGCAGCCCUCUGGGGGAUUGUUCGGCGGCGCUACGAACACGCAGACUCAGCAGCCAUCGGGCGGAUUGUUUGGUGGUGCUACGAAUACGCAGACUCAGCAGCCAUCCGGUGGGUUGUUCGGUGGUGGUGCCGCGACCCAGCAGAAGCCAGCCACUGGUGGUCUUUUCGGAAAUUUGGGGACCCAGCAGCCCCAACAGCAACAACAGCAGCAGACUGGAGGGAGCUUGUUUGGUCAGAAACCUCUCGCUGGCAUGUUCGGACAGCAGCAGCAACAGCAGACGCCGCAGCAGGGUGGUGGUUUGUUUGGUGGAUUGGGUCAGACGCAGCAGCCUCAGCAACAGCAACAGCAACCGAGUCUGUUUGGGGGGUCUCUGCUAGGAGGUCAACAGCAGCAGGCGCAGCAGCAGCAGCAGCAGCAACCUCAAUUGGGUCAGACUCAGAUGGGACAGACUCAAUUGGGUCAGUCGACGGCGCCGGGGUCGAGUUUGUGGGAACCGGGUCGGGCGGUUACAGGUGUCCAUCGCACCGUACCAAUGCAGAUCCAAAUCGUCAAGGACAAGUGGGAUGCGUCCAGCCGUGCCUCGCCCUUCCGCGCGUACUUGUAUAACAAUGUCGGAGACGAGAUGGCGCCGUUUUACCAGCCGGGUCCGGAGGAUGACGAGACGAAAUGGGAGGAUGCGCUGCGCAAGCGACCUGAUACGGGAUACGUGCCCGUGCUCGUCAAGGGCUUUUUCGAGUUGGGCAAGCGCGCGCAGCGCCAGAAGGACUUUCUCACCAUGAUGCAGACGCGUCUGCACGAGAUCAACAACUGCCUGUCGGAUCUGCUGUCUAGACAUGACCUGAAGAUCUCGGUCAAGAUUGCCGAUUGCCGUCGGAAACAUCUCGUGCUCAGCAAGCGUUGCCUGGCGCUUGCGGCCAAGACGCAGGUGCUGCGGAAUCGGGGCUACGCGAUGGAUGAUGCGGAGGAGGAGCUCAAGAAGAAGCUCAGUAUGUUGGAGCGGUCAGUCUUCGACCCGUCGCUGAACGGCCGGGGUGAAGAGGUGUGGGCGCGCAUGCUGGCCAUCCGGGAGCACUCGCGGCGUCUACAGCAGGAAAUGGAGCGAGCGGGGCCGAGCGCGGCGGCGCAGGCGGAUGACGAGCUGGAUGAGCAGACGAUGAAGACGGCCAAGAAGAUAUUGGACGACUACCACACGCAGAUCCAGCACUUGCAGAAGGAACUGGACGCGGUGAAGAAGGACUUUGAGGAGGCGCAGAAGCUGCCGGGUAUGAAUCAUUGAUGCAUGGUUAUUGAAUUCAUAUGAGGGUCUGGUUGUUUGGCUGUUUGGAGCAAGGAGUUUAUAGGAGCUGGUAUCCGCACGUCUGCCGACGUGGUUAAUAGAGCAUGAAAGUGACAGCUGGUCAAUCGAGAUGUACAAUAUAAUACAUAUGCCUAUUCCAUGUCGCCGAGAACCGAAGCGAAGCGAUUACAGGAACUUCCUGACGAAAUCGAUAGCGAAGGGAGCUACUU